AUGUAUCCAUUGGAUGAUGUGACAUUUGCUGUAGAAGAUGCUGGAUUUCAUGAACUUUUGGUUUUGGCACCAAAUGGUAAUAAGACUGGAUGGCGGGCAUUUGGCACCUCUUGGGAACGUCACUUUGUUCGCCCCGACGCCGUGCCACAAUCACUUACCUCUGCAUCACUGCCUCACUUCACUCUGGUUGUCUCUCGUGAUUCUGCAGAAUUGCGUAAUGGAAAAACUAAAAUCUUUGUGCAUUUUGCUAGCGAUGUGGAAACCGUCAAUAAAGCGUUGAUGGAAGAUUUUCGGCGAAAAGAGGGUUCCGUCGUCUGGCGAGCAGAGCGCAGACGAAUAGAGCGUGGUGAAAGCAGGCAACCAUGGACGGAGAGAGAGAAACGAGAACUUCUGUCAAAGGGUGCCGUUGCGGGUUAUACUAUAGAAAUGGACGAGUUGUCACGAGCACGAUUUUCAUCUGUGCACAUCUGGCGUUUCGUCAAAAAUACAUAG